AUGGCGGCGCUCAACCUGCAGACCAACGACCUGCCGACGCAGCUGCACCACGCGCUCUUCGAGCUCAACGGCGGGCGCGGCUACGUGCUCAAGCCGCCCGGCAUGCUCGGCGCGGCUGGCGGCGGAGCGACGGCCGCGAGCUGGCCUCCCCCGCGGGUGCUGCUCCAUGCCGCCACUCUCCGCCCGCUCUGCCUCUUCGGCCUCCCGCCGCGCGGCACCGACCGGCCACACCUGGCCGGCGCUGGCGGCAGCCUGCACGGCCACGUCCCCUCCCUGUCGGUGGCGCUCGGCAGGAGGCGCAUGACGUCGCCGCGAGGCGAGGACGAGCUGCCCUCGCUCUCCGUCGAGCUGCACGCCAUCGGCGGCUUCUCUUGCGUAAGCCUCAAGCUGCCGCCCGCCACGGCGCGCUCGCGCCAGCUGGUGGGCGCCAAGGGCGGCGGCGGAGGCGAGGCGGUGCGCUACGGCGGCGCAGUCCACUGCAUCGCUGCGGAGAAGCAGCAGACCGUGCUUCGGGUGGCGGUGGUGGACGACGACGAGGAGGACGUGGCGUACGAGACGUGCGUGCUCGGGGUGCUGCGGCAAGGGUACCGCGUGCUGCACAUGCGCUCGGCGCAGGGCACGCGCAUCCGGAACUGCUACCUGCUGUGCCACGUCUCCUUCACGACGCAGGUCAACGCGUGGGUGGGCGAGGGCGAGAUGAUGGAGUACGUGCGCUCCAAGGAGAAGGAGAUGGAGGAGCGGGUGGACGAGGCCGAGGCGGAGGUGGCCAAGCUCAAGGGGCUGACGCCGUGCUCGUCGUCGUCGUACAGCGGCGCGGGGUGA